AUGGCAUUUGAUGGCACCUGGAAAGUAGAGAAGAGUGAAAACUAUGAAAAGUUCAUGGAAAUAAUGGGUAUUAAUUUAGUGAAGAGGAAACUUGGAGCCCAUGACAACCUGAAACUCACAAUCAAACAAGAGGGAAAUAAAUUCACCAUUCAAGAAAACAGCAAUUUCCGCAACAUAGAGAUAGUGUUCACUUUGGGAGUGAAUUUUGACUACAGUUUAGCUGAUGGAACUGAACUCAAUGGGAGCUGGGACUUGCAAGGAACCCAAUUGAUAGGCGCAUUCAACCGGAAAGAUAACGGAAAGAAACUUGACGCACUGCGGGAAAUUGUAGGCGAUGAAAUGAUUCAGACUUACACCUACGAAGGAGUAGUAGCCAAAAGAUUCUUCAAGAAAGCAUAA